GCAGCAGACCCGCCCCCUCUGUGAGUGACCACCUCGGCUUUAUAAACCCCUCACUCUGCCAUCGUCGCCACACACUCUUUCUCCACCUCAGGACAGAGACUCUUCCACAGCCGCGGUCCAGCGUGAGACGGAACAGACCUACGCUUCUUCCACACGCGAGGAUUGCAAUAACCAACACAUUUAUACACUAUUUUGCACCUUUUUGCUGGUUAAUUUGUGCUCAGAGAAUGAGUUCCGCGUGCGUGCUCGUCCAGCCGGCGACCCUCGGCGCAGUGUCUCGGUCGCGGCCGCAGACAGUGAGCAGCAGCUCGGACACGAAUAACAGUCAGACCUCACUGUGGAGACCAUGGUUAUCCAGCAACAGGGACGGUCCUGCGCGGUGCCCACGGAGCAAACUGUCCUGUCCUUACUCCAGACCCACGGUGCCAGGUUGUUCGAUGAUAAGUGGGAAAUCUCAGUCCUUCCAGCAUCCCGUCAGACUCUUCUGGCCCAGAACCAAGUCAUUUGACUAUCUGUACAGUGACGGAGAGGCAUUACUGAGGAACUUCCCUGUACAGGCAACCAUUAGCUUUUAUGACGAGUCUGACUGUGAGGAUGAGGAUGAUGAUGAUGACGAAGAGGACUGGGAAGAGGAGGGCAACUCUGAUGAUGAAGAGUGCCACAAACCGCAGUCACAUUUCACCUCCUACAACUAAAAAUGACUGAUGAGAGCAUCUCUGUCUUCAAAUGUGAGAGAAGUGGAGAGACUUGAGAAUUGUUUCGUUCAUACAAACUUACCUGAUAGAUGGUAACAGCUAAGCAAAUGUCACAUAAGUGAGAGAUAAUCCACAUUCCUCAAGGUUGAAAUGUGUUUAGAGAUGUGUAUUCUGUCAUAUCUCCAACCACUGUGACACUCAAAGGCCAUUGAAUGAUGUUUAUCACUAAGACAAACCUUAAGACUUACGGAGAGUAGAAAUUGUACUGUUAAUUUUCUGUGUGUUACUGCACACUAUUAGUGAAGUGGUUUGCAGUAUCUGCAAUGUGAUAUGUUUGGUGAGAAAGGAAAGCCAGGCUUCAUGUCAUCUGUUUACAGUCAAUCUCAGGGUCGGAUCUUUGCCUAUGUGUAUAGAAAGAAUGUAAUGCACACUCAUUUCUAAUUUAUAAUGUAUAUAGCGCAUAACCUGUACAUAGAGAAAUUUAUUUUUGAUUUAUUUUUAUAUUCUGUGCAUCUGUGUAAACCUUGCCCAAACUGAGAUUUUAUGAAAAAGAAUAAAACAACUUUU